GCAGGAUCCCCAUAGCGGCGGCCGGGAGAGGAGAGGAGGCGGCGAUCCCGCGUCAUGUCCUGUGUGCGGGGAGGAGGGAGGUGUCAUCCUGUGUACCUACCGGCGUGUGACUGCGGGGAGCCCGGGGCAUGCUGGGAGUUGUGUGGUGCGGCACAGUGACCCCAUCCAGAUCGUGCCGUAGAGGCACCCGGCAGCCAUCCAUGUGACGCAGGUCUGCAGACAUGUUGAGGGCACUGAGCCCAGAGGUCGUCGUCCUGAUCUCGCAGGUCGUCCUUGGCGCGGUCUGUCUGUUGUCAGCAGCGCGGACUCUUCAGGUGCACAGAGGGGCGUCUGCCGGCUUCCUGCUCCAUGGCCUGGGUUCUGUCGUUGUGUGUCUCCUGUUUCCCGGCCAGGCCGAGGCGCUUUCUGCCAGCACAUGGAUUGCCAGCGUUAUCGGCCAGCCGCUGCUCGUCUUCUCCUUCUUCUGGCUGAGCGGUGACCGGUCCACAGCCAACCUGGUUCUGAGCUCCGCGCUCCUUCUGGCCUCCAUCUCGGGCUACCUGACUCAUGAGGCUAGGUGUGUGGCCCCUUACUUCACCAAGGCAGGGGCCACGCUCAGCAUCCUGGUCAUCUCUCUCUUCACUGGGAACUGGUACGGGUUGCUGGGCAGCCUGGCGCUGGGAACUGAGGGCCUCCUCUCCUUUCUGAAUGCCUCAAGGAUUUUGCCCUUUUCAACAGAAAUCGCCUCAAACUGUGUCCUCAGUGCGGCCUUCCUGGCGUUAGAGACAGCGCUACGGACUCACCUGUGCGACACAACCUGAGCUCAGGAUCAUCCGUGUGACACAGCUUAACCUGAGCUCAGGAUCAUCCGUGUGACACAGCCUAACCUGAGCUCAGGAUCAUCCGUGUGACACAGCCUAACCUGAGCUCGGGAUCAUCCGUGUGACACAGCCUAACCUGAGCUCGGGAUCAUCCGUGUGACACAGCCUAACCUGAGCUCGGGGUCAUCCGUGUGACACAGCCUAACCUGAGCUCGGGAUCAUCCGUGUGACACAGCCUAACCUGAGCUCGGGAUCAUCCGUGUGACACAGCCUAACCUGAGCUCGGGGUCAUCCGUGUGACACAGCCUAACCUGAGCUCAGGAGCAUCCGUGUGACACAGCCUAACCUGAGCUCAGGAGCAUCCGUGUGACACAGCCUAACCUGAGCUCGGGGUCAUCCGUGUGACACAGCCUAACCUGAGCUCGGGGUCAUCCGUGUGACACAGCCUAACCUGAGCUCGGGAUCAUCCGUGUGACACAUCCUAACCUGAGCUCGGGGUCAUCCGUGUGACACAGCCUAACCUGAGCUCGGGAUCAUCCGUGUGACACAUCCUAACCUGAGCUCGGGGUCAUCCGUGUGAGAUAGCCUAACCUGAGCUCGGGAUCAUCCGUGUGACACAUCCUAACCUGAGCUCGGGAUCAUCCGUGUGACACAUCCUAACCUGAGCUCAGGAUCAUCCGUGUGACACAGCCUAACCUGAGCUCGGGAUCAUCCGUGUGACACAGCCUAUCCUGAGCUCGGGAGCAUCCGUGUGACACAGCCUAACCUGAGCUCGGGAGCAUCCGUGUGACACAGCCUAACCUGAGCUCGGGAUCAUCCGUGUGACACAGCCUAACCUGAGCUCAGGAUCAUCCGUGUGACACAGCCUAACCUGAGCUCGGGAUCAUCCGUGUGACACAGCCUAACCUGAGCUCGGGGUCAUCCGUGUGACACAGCCUAACCUGAGCUCGGGAUCAUCCGUGUGACACAGCCUAACCUGAGCUCGGGAUCAUCCGUGUGACACAGCCUAACCUGAGCUCGGGGUCAUCCGUGUGACACAGCCUAACCUGAGCUCAGGAGCAUCCGUGUGACACAGCCUAACCUGAGCUCAGGAGCAUCCGUGUGACACAGCCUAACCUGAGCUCGGGGUCAUCCGUGUGACACAGCCUAACCUGAGCUCGGGGUCAUCCGUGUGACACAGCCUAACCUGAGCUCGGGAUCAUCCGUGUGACACAUCCUAACCUGAGCUCGGGGUCAUCCGUGUGACACAGCCUAACCUGAGCUCGGGAUCAUCCGUGUGACACAUCCUAACCUGAGCUCGGGGUCAUCCGUGUGAGAUAGCCUAACCUGAGCUCGGGAUCAUCCGUGUGACACAUCCUAACCUGAGCUCGGGAUCAUCCGUGUGACACAUCCUAACCUGAGCUCGGGAUCAUCCGUGUGACACAGCCUAACCUGAGCUCGGGAUCAUCCGUGUGACACAGCCUAUCCUGAGCUCGGGAGCAUCCGUGUGACACAGCCUAACCUGAUGACAAUGCUAAAUUCCUUGUCGUAUAAACAACCCUUUAUGAAGCUAAGAACACUGUACGCUGUUUACUUAAGAAGUACCGUAAUGGUACGCUAUUGGCGUAGCGAUCGCUCAGCCGUAGGCGAGACGCUCAAGCGUCACGUUCGCUCACGGCCCAGUGAUCACAGAACACGUUAUUGGUUAUGUCUAGGGGAAUGAAUCGCUAUGGCGUAGCAUACGCUCGAGACCACGAGGAGGUCACCAGCGAUGCAGACGCUCACAACACUAUACCUUUAUGUUAAAUCCUUAUACCAAUGAAAUACACUGAAUACCUUAAUGUGAGUACAGGGUGUAAGUGCAACCUUGUGUAACCUGACUAUCUACAAAGCUGCUUGAGCGUCACCGACGCUCAAGUGAACACUUAUCACUAUAGAAAAUACACAGAUACUGGUUUAGGUUCCAAGGCCUAUUAACUGUAUUAUGUCUAAUAUACUUGUAAAAGGGGAUAACAGUACAUAUGAUACACUACAAUAUAACAGAGACUUCCUAACCACAGAACUAAACAAUAAAUACAA